UUCACAGAAGAAAAGCUUGGCCAAGCAGAGAAGACAGAAUUGGAUGCUCACUUGGAAAACCUCCUUAGCAAAGCGGAAUGUACCAAAAUAUGGACAGAAAAAAUAAUGAAGCAGACUGAAGUGCUAUUGCAGCCAAAUCCAAAUGCCAGGAUAGAAGAGUUCGUCUAUGAGAAACUGGAUAGAAAAGCACCAAGUCGCAUAAACAACCCAGAACUUUUGGGACAAUACAUGAUUGAUGCAGGGACUGAGUUUGGCCCAGGGACAGCUUACGGCAAUGCCCUUAUUAAAUGUGGAGAAGCACAGAAGCGAAUUGGAACAGCUGACAGAGAGCUGAUUCAAACAUCAGCCUUAAAUUUCCUCACUCCUUUAAGAAACUUUAUAGAAGGAGAUUACAAAACAAUCACAAAAGAAAGAAAACUAUUACAGAAUAAGAGACUGGAUUUGGAUGCUGCAAAAACGAGAGUUAAAAAGGCAAAAGCUGCAGAAGCUAAAAGUUCAUCUGAACAGGAAUUACGAAUAACUCAAAGUGAAUUUGAUCGUCAGGCAGAGAUUACCCGACUUCUGCUGGAGGGAAUCAGCAGUACCCACGCCCAUCAUCUCCGCUGUCUGAAUGACUUUGUAGAAGCCCAGAUGACUUACUAUGCACAGUGUUACCAGUACAUGUUAGACCUCCAAAAACAACUGGGAAGUUUUCCAUCCAAUUAUCUUUCUAACAACAAUCAGACUUCAGGGACACCUGUGGCAUCUGCGUUUUCAAAUGCUAUUGGCCCUUCUGCGAUGGCUUCAACAGGUAGCCUAGUAAUCAACUCUCCUUCCAACCUCAACGACCUUAAAGAAUCAAGUGGCAGCAGGAAGGCUAGGGUUCUCUAUGACUAUGACGCUGCGAACAGUACUGAACUGUCACUUCUGGCAGACGAGGUAAUCACUGUGUUCAGUGUCGUUGGAAUGGAUUCAGACUGGCUAAUGGGGGAGAGAGGAAAUCAGAAAGGCAAGGUGCCAAUUACCUACUUAGAACUUCUCAAUUAAAUAGGGAAAUCAUGAACGAUUACCUAUCAUGACACCAUAUUUAUAUACAGUAACUCUAAAGCAGGCUUAAGUACCUUUCAUGUUCAUGUCAUAAGGAACUGAAAAGAAAAACUACAAGCCAUCAGAAACUGGCCAUUCUGCCAAUAAAAUUGCAUGGUUAAUACUUCAUUACAGAAUUUAUGUUAGAGAUUUCAUGACAAGAAUGUUUUCUUACACAAUUCUCUUUUUACUGAGAUUUCACUAACAAGCCACUUCUACUUUUGAGCCCCAAUUUAAAAACAAAAGGAUUGUUUUCUACUGAAUUUUUCAUUAACAGCAAGCUUUUUCUUUUAUGCAAAAUAAAUUUAUUGUGCAUGAUUAUAGUGACUCAUUUUUUAGGUAUAAUGGCCAAAGAAUAAAGUUAAAAACUCAUUUUUACCUUGAUGCCCAGUAGGAAUUAGAUGACUUAAAUACUGUGCUUAAGUAGGGUUUCUUGGCUUUGGAGUUUUGUUUUUAUUUGGUUUGGUUUGGGCUUGUUUAUUUUUAAAACACCACUGGAUAGUUUCUUUUAAACCUAAGUCCUUGAAAAGUGUUACUUCUUUUCAUAAUGUUGUUAAGGUUGCAGAACCCUGGGGACAAAUUUAUUCACAAAGAAUAAUCAUAAGAUUUUUCAGUUGGCACAAUUUGAUGCAUAAUCAGAAUUGCAUCCAUUAAGAACAUACUACACUAUAGUAAAGAUAUAUUAUUGAACAACAAAUGUGUGCAAAAAAAGGGUUAAUGCAAUAGGGUUAAUUAUGGGGUAAGUCAUAUGCAAUGAAUGUAGCUUAUCUUCACCUGGGUCUCUAGUUAUGAAGUACACCCUCUGGAGAUUACUAAUGAUACAUCUGAAGCCGGAGAAUUGCUAUGAGGACCAUGCUAUACAUCAGCAGUUGUUGCUCUAAAUUGCCAGUUGAGAAAUUCUUUUGUUAGGGCUUCAGUUCUCACCCAUCAAUCAUCCACCAUCCAUCCAUACAUCCAUACAUCCAUCACCCACCAUCCAUCCAUCCAUACAUCCAAAAGACAUUUGUUGAGAACUAGCUACUUUGUUGAUCCAACCAGGUGUACUACUUACUAUGAACAAGAUGCUCCUAAAGAAGACAAAAUAAUAGCCUAUAACAGAAUAUUAUGAUUGAAGAAAUAGAAAGUACUGUGUUAGGAAUCACCUCAUUUAUAUCUAAGAAGUCAGAAAUAGACAUAGGUAAAAAGAAAAAGAUGUACUGGACUUGGAACCAAGAGAGCUUAAGUUUGUUUAGAUUAGCUUAACAAUAAAGUUCAAAAGUGUAGUUCAUUCAUUCAGAGAUUCUAGAAUUGUAAACUUUUCAACUCUGAGAAGUGAUAUUUAAAUGGCAUUUGUAAGCAUCCAUUUGUGUUAAGAGCACCUAUGAGCUCAGUAAACAUGGAAAAUAUAGUUCUUGGUCCCAGCUUUAACAGCCCCUUGUAUCUAUGCCAUAAGUUUUAUAGUUGUGUAAGCCUCUUACUCACACUUGAGUUACAUACUUAAACAACUGGAGAUGGCUCCUGUUCUGUGGAUCAAGUGAAUGAAGCUUUUGUAGUACCAUCUGUAAUUUUUGUCCACAUUUAGGUUUUCAGGGACUGUAAAACUUUGGAUGAGUUUUAACCGCAGCUUUAGUUCAGCAAAUUAGGUUUUUGGGAAAUGGAACAGCACAGGAGAAAAUAUAAAUAUGGAGUGAAUUGAUCCUGGGUUCAUAUGCAGCCUUCCUUGCACACUGGACUCCUUGGGCUUCAACUUGGAUAUAUAACUGCCAUUUUUUUUUUAAAGGUAAAAUGGGGGUAAUAAGUAUGCCACCUAAUAGGAGACUUCCACAAGUGUUACUUUUUGUCUUUUGCUCCUAAGCAAAGAUCUGGCACAUAGUAAACAUUUUAUAAACACAGAUGCCCCUUUCUAGUCCCUGUAGCUAGUCCACCUUGUUGUGUAGGCUUUGUGACUGGACGAGAGGAACCUCUUUUACCCUGUGCUUAUUCCUGUCCAAUCCACUCUCCACCCACUGCACUCAAUGAGUUCUGUAGUAGGGCCUCACACUUUCCACCAGGAGUGUUGGUUCCCGAGGCCACACUGACCUCCCUCCCACAGGAUUCAUAGGGAGGUAUUAAAGUUAAAGGGUCCUUGUUCACCACAAAUCCGCCAUAGUCAGUAGGCAUGUUCUUUUAUUUUGUCGUUGUUGUUGUUGUUGUUUUAAUGGGGUUUUAUUGUUUGGCUGGGUGUUUUGUUUAAUUUUAGUUUUAGCUUAAAGUUUAGUUUUUGCUCAGGUAAAGGCCCAAGGGGAUUGUUAAGCAUAGAAGAAAGCUCUUGGGAAGCCCAUUAAUUCAUGUGCAAUUCAGAGUUACUUAAAUAAACCCUCAGCCCUGAGCAUAGUAGUGAGUGAAGGGUUUGUGUACUGAUGAAACAGUAAACAAGGCGGUAUUUAUAGGCUCUCCACAGACUGAAAAGGAAAUAGAUUGUAUCCACCUUUGUCCUUAAAGUGUCUACCCACAAGGUUAUAGGUAAAACAUUUUGAUGGUGCUAAUAAACAAAUCCAUACUGCAGAUAAAGUUCCUGAAGUGAGUGUGUAUCUCACUCUGGGGAACAAAGGGAGUAAACCUAGAGCCACAGCCCCGGUGUGAUAGAGCCCGUCCUCCCCGUCUGUGUUAACCUUCAGGUAACAGGAACAAAGGGAAGCUAGUGUAGCCAGGAGAAGAUGACAGGGUGGACAGGAGAUGUGCUUAUGCAGAGUCUCACAGAAUGCCACACUUUGCUGACGUGCAGUCCCUGAAAAUCCCCAGCACCUGAAAUUUUUGCAGUGAGUUGCCUAGUUGGACAAGCCAGAGUGAAGAGCUGUCAAGGGGAGAUGCCUGACAGCCCCCUUUGCUCCAGGCCCUCUCCUUCACUUCCCGGCACUCAUGUCCGCAUGAAACUAUGAAGCUAUGGAAAGUGCCGUGCUUGCCCUUCUCUCUCUGUCCUAGUUGAGUACAAGAUCUCAAACCAGCAGUAUCAGCAUUGCCUGGAAACUUGUUGAAAAUGCUAUUUGCUGUUUUCAAAUAGUCUUCCUUAUUUAUACUUUUGUCUACAUGGGCCUGUGGAAUUAAUAGUGUUAAUCUACCAUGUGAAAGCUUUUUAAAUAUUGUAAGACAAAAAAGAAUUUUACUUUAUUUUCUAUUCAUUGUAAUUAUAUUGUUUUAUAAUUUAUUUAUUUAGCAUGUACUUGUCACUCUAGAAUGAAGCCUUUCCAAGUGAGAGACUUUAAUUCUGUUCAUUAUAAAUUACUCUUAGCACACAGCCCGACUCUUAGUAUGUGCUCAAUAAAUACAUUGUGGGUAAAAGGAAAAAAACUGCUGAUACCUAUGUCUUCUCCCCCACAAGAUCUACUGAGCCAAAUUCUGGAAGCAGGGCCCCCCAGUUGUACAGUAAGCCAUUUGUGUAAUCCUACUGCAGUCGUGCUGAGAAACCCUGCAGAACUAACAGAGCUGACCUUCCACCCUCAGGCAGCUGCAGUUUGGCAUCUCGUGACAAUUUCCCCUUGCCUUCUGUAAGCCUUACCACCACUCUUAAUGGGUUGAGAUAUUUUCAGAUCAGUCUUAGAAGUGGGUGUGAAGGUGGAAGGAUGCAUUUAGUGUCAGAAAGGAAAAUAUUGCCUGGAUGCUACAUAAGGUCUAUAGAAAUGUGGAGCCACUGGCUAAAGCAGCAGGGUUGCAACCCCUGUGGGAAUCAAAUGACCCUUUCAUAGUGGUUGCCUAGAGCCAUCUACAUAUCCGGUAUUUACAUUAUGAUUCAUAACAGUAGCAAAAUUACUGUUAUGAGGUAGCAAUGAAAAUAACUGUGGUUGGGGGUCAUCACACCAUGAGGAACCGUAUUAAAGGGUCACAGCAUUAGGAAGGUUGAGAACCACUGGUCUAAACAAAGAUGAGCUCUAACCACCAUAUUUCCACACAGUGCCUUUGAACUGGUGUUUAGCAUCAAAACACCCAAAUAAACCAGUGAAGCAGUAUAGACUAACAUAUCUACAUCACUGUUCCUCAGGUUGCUAAGCUGUACUCUUAUUCCUACAUCAAAGUAGACUUUUUAAGAAUUGUUAAUGCUUUUUUAUUAAUACAAGUCAUAAUAUGCUGAUGAAAAGAAAAAUUUGGAGGUAAAAAUACAAAAGUGGCCUACGAUUCCACCAUCUGAGGAUAAUGCUGGGACAGGUGUGUGGCCUCCAGACUGUACCUUUAAGGAUUUUUUUUUUAAUGGGAUCAAAUUGUACAUGCUGUUUUGUAACUUCUCACUCAACAGUACCAUGACGAUCUUGCUGUGUCAUAUGUAUUUCUACAUCUUUUUUAAUGGCUGCAUGAUACUUCUUCAUAUGUGCCACAUUUUAUUAAACUACUGUUGAAUUUUUAGGUUUCCAGUUUUUCACUAAUAAACUGCUUUGAAGAACA